AUGGUGAACACUUCGCUCAAACGACGGCGGACCGAGGACCAGCUGCGCGGAAAGGUGCCGAAGAAGGAGAAGAAGAAGGUCAAGAAGCAGAAGUACUACCACAGUUCGAGCGAGGACGAAGGCGGCGCGAGAGAUGCGCCGCUCGACUACAAGUCUGCGCGCGCCGAGGAGAGCGACGAUGAGCCGUUCGAGCCCACUGGUGCGAAUGCGACGCUGCCAAAGUCCAAGGACUCGCCAAAACCAAAGAAGAAGGCCGUGAAGGAAGCCGCAAAGCCAGCACUAGAAGAAACGACCACACCUGUGGAGGCCGCACCUACCAAAGCCACGCCCAAGCACUCUCUCAAGCUUCCGGUCAAGUCGGCGUUGAAGAAGACGGCACCGGUCAAGGAGCUCGAAGACGGCGAUGAGGUGGACGACUCGCCUGGCGACGACGAGGACGAAUCCGAGAUGGAGGUCGACGAAUUUGACGUUGAGGACUCUGAAUCGGACGCUUCCGAUACAUCGACAGUCGCCGCACGCAAAGUGCGAAAACGCAACGACCCCGAAGCCUUUGCAACAUCCAUCUCAAAGAUCCUCAACACGAAACUCACAACCACGAAACGCACAGAGCCUAUUCUGUCGCGGUCAAAGGAUGCACAGACAGCAAACAAGGAGAUUGCGGACAGCAAAUUGACAGAGAAGGCACGGCGUCAGGUUGUCGUGGAGAAGAAACAGGCGCUCGAAAAGGGUCGCGUCAAGGAUGUACUGGGCCUCAACGACACAGCCACGAGCACAGCAGAGACGACUGCCGCUGAGAAGGCUCUACGGAGGACUGCACAAAAGGGUGUCAUCAAGCUGUUCAACGCAGUCCGAGCUGCCCAAGUCAAGGGUGAAAUGGCCGAGAAGGAAGCCAAGGCGCACAAUGUUGUCGGUCUGGACAAGAGGGAAGAAAAGGUCAAGGAGAUGAGCAAGCAGGGUUUCCUCGACAUGAUUACUGGCGGAACAGCAAAGGAGGGUUCCCCUCACCACCAAUCCAUCCAACUCCUUGCGCAUCACAACCUGACACCCCAGCCGACUCGUCUCCGUCAGCCCAAACGCCAGAUCCAACAUGUCGUUCUCGUCGUCGUCGGGCUCCUCCAUCUUCUCGUACAUGCCCUCGUCCUCGACGAUGACGUGGCACGUCGAACACGCGCAGGACCCCCCGCAUGCGCCCUCCAUUUCGAGGUCGUGCGCUUGGGCGAUGUCGAGCAGGUUGGCGCCGUCGGCGACGGUGAAGGUGUGGGAUUGCGAGUCUUUGUCGAUGAAGGUUAUUUUGCGUCUGGUGGCGCGGUCGUUAGCGUGCUUGAGAACUGGCGGGUCUGGAGGAGUUGUAGUGUGGAUUUGGGCGAUUUUGAAGAUAUCAGGCUUCUUGGAGAGGGGGCAUUGGCGCGUGGCGAUGGGUAUGCGAAGCCGUUCGCUCUACUCGAAAACUUUCGGAGACUCGAUGAUGCGCAUGUUGAUUUUGACGAACAUGCCUCGCUGGAUCUGAGGACGCUCACACAGGCCCGUCGCGACGCCAUGAUGUGUGAGAAGGUGAAAGGAAAACAGCCGCAAGGAAAGGAAAGCCAGACUUCGGGCGCGACGUCGAGUCCCCGCAUGCCCAAGCCCAGUUUAGGCUCGCAGGCACGCGAUAUCCUCAGCGACCUCGACUACGACUCGUACUUCCCCGACACAUCGCCGACGGUCGCCGGCCACGCGAAGAAGCUGCUGGACCAGGCGUUGUGGAACUACACGAGCGUGUUGCUGGCCCAGCCAUUCGAAGUCGCAAAGACGAUACUGCAGAUCCACGAAGCGAGCGGACAACUGCCCGCGCUGAACAGGCUGAAGACGGAGGAAUGGGGGGCGAGGAGUAGGCCGGACAGCUUCCAUAGCGGGAAGUAUGAGGAUGUGAGUCUGAGCAUUUGGGGGCUACUUCACUUCGACGGCCCCGAAACACGCACAGCCUGCCUACUCGCCGUCGGCUGCGCGGUCACAGUCGCCGACAAAACGCUCGCGACAACCGAGGAGUCGGUCACGCUCGGAAACACCCACACGCGCACCCCCGCCGGCACACCGCAAGCUCGACCUCAAGCGCGCGGAUUCGUUAUUGGAGGUGAUUGCUCAGCUGUGGCAGAAGGAGUCGGCGCCACGAAUGUCUCCUUCAUCUACAACUUCCUGCUCAAGACGACCGAGAGCUGGUUCCGCAGUGCAAUAUCCGCGAUUCUGAACGUACCGGAUCCCGGCCUCGUUUCCUCAGCAAGCGGCAUUGGCGGGCUCGACAUAAUAGACAGCCCGAGUCCGCUGAUGUCUCUCGGUGUUGCUGUCGCCGCGACUGCCAUCGCCGCAAUCAUCCUCGCGCCCAUCGACCUCAUCCGGACGCGUCUGAUCGUCACACCUAUUUCCUCACAACCGCGCUCGAUAUACCCUUGUCUUUCUCUCCUUCCCUCGUGGUCUGUUUCGCCACGACUUCUGCCCGCUACCCUCCUCCACGCCUGUGUACCUACGCUAGUAUCCUCCUCAACUCCGCUCAUCCUCCGCUCCACACUUAGCAUCGACCCCAUUCUCACACCCACAACAUAUUCCUUCGGCACCUUCCUCUCCUCCACAGCCGAGCUCUUCCUGCGCCUCCCCCUCGAAACCGUCCUGCGGAGAGGCCAAGUCGCCGUCCUCCGAGACGACGAGACUGAGCGCGUAAAUCUCGCCUACCACACCACAUCCCGACAAAAGAGCCCGGCCUACGAGGCCGACGAUGCAAGCUUCAAGACCAUUGUCGAGCCUGGUCCGUAUCGCGGCGUUCUCGGCUCAAUGUGGUUCAUCGCCCGCGAAGAAGGCAUCUCCGUGUCCACUCCUGACGCAGCCAAAGCCGCGAGCGCAAAGGCCAUGGGCUUCGAGCGCCCGAGUCGCAUGCGCAAGGGCCAGGGUGUGCAUGGUCUGUGGCGAGGAUGGAGAGUGGGUGUCUGGGGGCUUGUGGGCAUCUGGGGCGCUGCUGCCAUGGGCGGUGGCGGUGGGGAGUUUUAAAAAAAUUUACGAGACUAUGAAUUUGGGCCAUG